CAUCACUCUCGGAGUUAUUGCCCUUUGACUUCCUGUUUAAGUUGGUUUUCCGAUUCCCAAACUUAUAUUAUCACACUUACCGGCGCGAUGGCAACAAAAAUGGAUGUGGAUACGCCUGGCUCAAGUGUCAUAGCGUCCGCUGGAACGACAGGAAGCGUAUCAGUAUCCCUUCAUCCUUUGGUGAUCAUGAAUAUAUCUGAACACUGGACUAGAGUUCGGGCACAGGAGGGCAAACCAACACAAGUUAUAGGGGCGUUGAUUGGUAAACAGAAAGGCAGGAAUAUUGAGGUGAUGAAUUCCUUUGAACUUGUGUUUGACUUAAUUGAAGAUUCUAUCAUAAUUAACAUGGAUUACUACAACACCAAAGAAGAGCAAUUUAAACAAGUAUUUAGUGACAUGGACUUCCUGGGAUGGUACACAACUGGAGAUGGCCCCACUCAAUCUGAUAUCAGCGUUCAUAAACAGGUGUGUCAGAUCAAUGAGAGUCCUAUAUUAAUGAAGAUGAAUCCUCUCUCCAGACAAACUGAUCUGCCUGUCUGCAUUUAUGAAUCUGUGAUAGAUCUUAUCAACAAUGAGGCAACAAUGCUCCUCGUUGAAUUACAGUACACACUUGCUACAGAGGAAGCUGAGAGAAUAGGUGUUGAUCACGUUGCCAGGGUAACAGCAAUGGAUGCUGGCGACAGCUCAAAUGUGGCAGAAUACCUGGUAGCCCAGCACAGUUCCAUUAAGAUGUUGCACAGUCGUGUUAAGCUGAUCCUUGAGUACAUUAAAGCUGUACAGGCAGGAGAAGUUCCAAAGAACCAUGACAUACUGAGAGAUGCGUACAGUUUGUGUUAUAGACUUCCUGUACUUAACACUGAUCGAUUCAAGGCAGACUUCUACAAUCAAUGUAACGAUGUUUGUCUGAUGGCCUACCUUGGGACAAUUACAAAAGGAUGCAAUACCAUCAACCAGUUUGUGAACAAAUUCAACGUGAUGUAUGACCGACAAGGAAUGGGUCGCAGAAUGAGAGGACUCUUCUUCUGAUUCUGAGAACAGCAAGCAUCUGAUAGUAACAUCAUGUGUCUGGAAAUCUAAGACUGAUGUUUUGCUAUACUCUGUGCCGUGUGUGAUAUAAUGACAUUAUAGAGGGAUCAGAAUAUUUGAAAAUUGUGGAAAGGUUUCCCGAUCGCGUAAGCCACAGGAAUGCUGAAUUGAAUGGCGAAAUUCCUGACGUGCAUUUCAACGUCAAUAAUGUCAUAGCUCAUUCAGCGUCAUAUAACAGUGUGAUGACAACGACGUGUGCAUGGAUGAUGAAGAGUUUUUUUCAAUCCAACCAACCGUUCACCUUUAACCCAUUCACCCCUAAAGUCACAUUUGAACCUUACCAAAUCAAAGACAGGGCAAGUCCAGUUUAAAUAUGUAGGGGGUGAAUGAGUUAAAGGAAAAAGGUCUUGGACAAGAGAUGAAAAUAAAACAUUUAUACACACACUUUCAAAUACUUGUGUACACAGAGCUUAAGCUAAACUUAUAGACUUAAUGCAAGAUAGUGCUAUUAAAAGAUUUCAUUAUCUGUUAAGAUCAUGUCGGUUUCAAGAUUUUUUAACCUUUCCACCACUGUAGACCAUGAUGGACUCAUCCAGAUCAAUGCAUGGUAGAGUCUACUAAAGUUGCAUAGGGGUUAAGAUAAAAACUGAAACAUACGCGUACUAGAAUUUACUUAAGUUAUGUUCUUUUCAUGAUUGUAGAUAUAUAUUUAAUGUAAUGUAACUUAGCAGAAACAAAAUGUGUUGUUUAACGGGAGUCUACCGCUGUAAGAUGUUAUUUCAAAGACUGCAGACAUCUUGAAAUUUAAUAUUUGAAACAGAUGCUAGAUAACAUAUUAAUACAUUAUUUGUUUCAUGUGAUAUUAUGCCGUUAACAUAUCUACAUCUACAGACGCCCACGGAAAAUUUCUCUUCGCAAGCACCUCAUUCAUUAUACAUGUAGCGUGCAAAAAAACCAGUCAUGUGUUUCUUGAGGUUUGCCCUGCUUAAAUACAUAAAUUGGAUCAAAGAGUUAACUUGUUUCUACAACCUCUGUGUAUGCAAGAUAUGUGGAACACCAAUAUGGGGGUGAGAUAGUGGAAUCUCAAUCUAAGGGGGAAGAUUUUUAAGUUGCCAAACACAUUGCUUUGCCGAGUGUACUCAAUGAUCUCAAUUUAAUAUGGAACUUUAUCUUUCUCUAAACCUUUUUGUAGGGAGUGCACAAGAAUAUACAGAGGCAUUUUUGUUCAAAAGGUUCAAUAUGAUAUAACGCGUAUCUGCUGACCUUCUGAAACGUGACAUAUUUUAAGAUGAUAGUGAGAUAAUUAAA